AUGUCUGUUGUUGAGCUUAGUCCAUUGGACUUUAUUUUAAAAACUGGUGAUGAAAAGAAGGCGUUAUUGUUGGGGAUUGCCGCUUAUCUCAAGAAGUUGAAUGCGUUUGCCUCCGUCAAAAAGACUCCAAAUCUCACUGAAUACAAUGUUGGUGGUGUCAUCUCAAUUGUGGAACAAUUAGAAACUUUGGCUAAAACUUACAAGACUGCUGAUGGUGAGGUUAACUCUUACUUGCAAGAAGAAGAUUAUUUCAAGUUUUUGGUGGAAAGUUGGUUCUGUUAUGAGGAUUGCAAAGUUAAUAAUACAGCAGCUAAACUGAAGAACUAUUUCAAUCAAGAAUAUGACCAAUCAGGAACAUUGGCCUCUACUAUAGGGAAAUUCAUUUUAUCUCUAGAGCCAGCAAUUAACAAGAUCAAGUAUGAAAUGUUCAAGGUCUCCCACAAGUUAUUAACUCGUUAUUCAGAUUACAUAGUUAACGGUGCUUCACAAGAAUCCGAAGGAACCCAAACACCGGAUAUCAGCACAGAAAUUACAAGUAACGAAGUAGAAGAUAUUCAAGGUUUAUUGAGAUCGUUCAAGACCAUCUUCAAGCUACAAAAAAUCACCAAACUUAAAGCUGCUCAAAGAUCUAUUGAACUUAGAAAGACUGGUAAUGAAUUUUACAAAUCAAAUUCUUCUCAUGCUGCUGUUGCCAAAUAUUCAGAAGCAUUGGCUUAUGACCCUCAAAAUGUUGCCCUUUUGUCAAAUAGAGCUGCUAUUUACCAACUUGCCAAACAUCCUGACAAUGCCAUUGAAGACUUAAAGAGAGCUAUAGAGAUUGAUCCAUCUUAUGAAGCUGCUUGGACAAGAUUGGGAUUUGCUUACUUAACUAUUGGUGAAUCACUAAAGUCAAUCGAAGCAUAUUGUAAAGCUAUCAAGUUAGCUAGUGAUAAUAAAAGGGUUGACACAUACAUCAAGAGACUUGUUCAUGCCUUGGAAAAUGCUGAAAACAGAGCCAAAUCAAGUGGUAUUUCAGCCGCUGAUUAUUCCCAAUACACUGAUCCAAUCCAAGUGAUUAUACGCAAUAAUCCAGGUAGCCGUCCAGCUACAAGAGGUCCUCAGUCAUUUAUAAGCCCACAAGUUACAGGCCAAAGUGCUUCCAGACCAAGAAGUGGUGACACUUACACCAACAACAUCAACAGUAAUGGGCAAAAUGGACCGCCACAAUUCCGUGGGAUGCCUGGGAACAGAAACAAUGGUCAACAAAAUCAUGAUGGAUCCAGAACACCAUCAAAUCUCGUUAAUACUUUAAAUACCUUAGGAAACACAAUUUUAAAUAGUGAAGCCAUUGGAGACUUCAUAUCAAAUAUGCAAAUGGAAAAUAACAAUAAUGCUAGUGGUAAUAGAACCACAUCUAAUAACGAUACAACAAAUGGCCAAGCACCACCAGCACAAGAUGGCUUUCAAAAUUCGAAUGAUUCAGCGGAUAGAGGUAACCGAGAGCAAAAUGGACCACAGAACCGAACUCAGAAUGCUACUCAUACACAUGGAGUUCCUCAGCACAUCCAGGAAGCCAUAAUGGGUGCUUUACCACAAGGUUUACAAGGAUCUUUAGGAAGUAUGCUAAGCUCAGUCAUUAAUGGGGGAACAAUAGUAGAUCAAAGCACAGUUGUUCUGACAUUGGAUCAAGAUGGAAAUCCAGUGUUUUCAAGUGAAACUGCAAAUGGUAACACUGGAAACGGUUCUACAGGUGGAAAUAACACCAAUAGAAACAAUAAUGUUGAUGAUGACUCUGAUGAUGAUUUAGAUCCAGCUGAUUUUGAUCUUGAUUAA